CCCCUCACACUCACACAAUUUCAGAGUAGAAGCUUCACUUCACUUCACUCUCUUCUUGUGAAGCAUAAAAUUCUUGUUUAUUUUUUGUUAGUAUCUCCUUAAACUUUUUGUGUGUUUGUUUUUUCACAAUGACUAGGAUGUCUUGUCUCUUGGGACUUUCUUUGUGUUUUUUGUUUGUUGGGUUAGUUGCUUCUUCUAAAUUUGAGGAACUCUUCCAACCUGGUUGGGCUAUGGACCAUUUUGUCCAUGAAGGAGAUUUGCUUAAACUCAAACUUGACAAUUAUUCUGGUGCUGGAUUUCAAUCUAAGAGCAAGUAUAUGUUUGGGAAAGUGACUGUGCAUCUCAAACUUGUGGAGGGUGAUUCUGCUGGAACUGUAACUGCUUUCUAUAUGUCAUCUGAAGGCCCAAAUCAUAAUGAAUUUGAUUUUGAGUUUUUGGGCAACACUACUGGUGAACCUUACUCAGUUCAAACCAAUGUGUAUGUGAAUGGUGUUGGUAACAGGGAGCAAAGACUUAACCUAUGGUUUGAUCCAUCUAAGGAUUUUCACACCUACUCAAUCUUUUGGAACCAACGUCAAGUUGUGUUUCUAGUGGAUGAGACACCAAUAAGAGUACACACAAAUUUGGAACACAAAGGAAUUCCUUUCCCAAAAGACCAAGCAAUGGGUGUAUACAGUUCUAUAUGGAAUGCAGAUGAUUGGGCAACACAAGGUGGUCGUGUGAAAACAGAUUGGACUCAUGCACCUUUCAUUGCUACCUACAAAGAUUUUGAGAUCAAUGCUUGUGAGGUUGCUGUGCCAGUGACAUCAACUGAAAAUGCUAAGAAAUGUGCUAGUAGUGAAGAUAAAAAAUACUGGUGGGAUGAACCAAUGUUGAAUGAACUCACUAUUCAUCAGAGUCAUCAACUUAUUUGGGUUAGGGCUAAUCAUAUGGUUUAUGACUAUUGCGCCGAUACCGCUAGGUUCCCGGCCAUACCACUUGAAUGUGUUCGUCACCACCACUAGUGAUGCGAAAGAAAUGAAGAAUUCUAUUACUAUAACUUUGGUGCAUAAAGAAAUUUUGAAAUUGAUUGCAUUGUUAUAUUUUUAUGCAUUCAAAAUUAUAAUUAGAAUUCUCUAUAUUGUGAACAUGUCCUUCAUGUGUCACAUUGUAAUAUAUUUAAUUUAAUGUGAAAUUAUUUUUAUUCCA